AUGACCGAUACUAACAUCGAAGAAUGGUUUAAAAACUAUGAUCUUAAAUACGUGGAAGACGUCAACGUGUAUCCCAAUAUAACCACGUUCAAUAGGAAAUUGUACACUUUUGGACCCUCAGAAGGUGAAGUAUACAUCAAAUUUAAAUCUUACGACACUAACAUCAAGUCUUAUGAUGAAUUAUGCUAUUUGGAUACUAAUUCAUGUGUUUGGAGAGUAGCCGAAGACAGAUAUAUAUGUACGGUACACUCGAGUGAUGAAACAAAGGUGGCAAUAAUUGGUGAAUUAGGUCAACGUUACAUCCAAAAGAAUAAAUUUGAUAGCUACAAUUUGAAAAUAAAGUCACCAGGAGAGUGGAAAGUGGUGUCUAUUACAGAAGUCUAUGAUUAUAAAACCGUUACAGCAAAAGAAUUGUGCGAACGUGCACAAUCCAGAAUAACAUUGGGGUUCAAAGAUUAUUUUAAUGAAAUAAGAACAGGAACUGUAACCAACCACUCACUGUACCAAAAUGUGAAGAGAACUUCACCAGAUGAUAAGAAAUAA